UUCUUAUUAUUGUCUAUUUAUAUUUUAAUUUUAUGGCAUUUCUCGUUUUUAGUUUCAGAGUUUGUUAUUUUAUUGCAGUCAAGAUUAAGUGAAAAUUGUUUUAAUUUAAAGGAGCACAAAAACAGGCAACAUGGCAUUAAGAACUUACGGCGAUAAGCCGAUAAGCUUUCAGAUUGAAGAAGGGGGUGAAUUUUAUUGCGUUGGGUCUGAGGUUGGAAAUUAUUUGCGGCUAUUCCGUGGAUCUCUUUACAAAAAGUACCCUGGCAUGGCCAGGAGGACCCUUACAAAUGAAGAAAGGAAACGAUUAGUUGACAACGGCUUGGGGCCUCAUGUUCUCUCCAGUUCUGUUUCCUUGUUAAAAGCUUCUGAAGUAGAAGACAUUAUCGAGGGCAAUGAUGAAAAGUAUAAAGCAGUAUCAGUUAGCCAAGAGAUGGCAACACCCAGAGAAGGUAAGAGCAAAAAGCCGCACAAUCCUUCCUGGUUGCCAGUCAUGCCCAACUCUUCACAUUUGGAUGCAGUGCCUCAAGCAACACCUAUCAGUAGAACCAGAGUUCAUAAUAAAAAGGUCCGCACCUUCCCUCUGUGUUUUGACGAUACAGACAUGACAGCUAUGCUGGAGAAUGCUUCACAGAAGCAAAUUCUUGUGCCGAUCAGACUUGAUAUGGAGAUUGAAGGCCAGAAACUGAGGGACACAUUCACUUGGAACAAAAAUGAAUCAAUUAUAACACCAGAGCAAUUUGCUGAGGUGUUAUGUGACGACCUUGAACUGAACACCAGCACAUUUAUACCAGCCAUAGCGUCCUCUAUCAAGCAGCAGAUUGAGGCCUUUCCGAGUGAACCACCAGCCAUAUUGGAGGAGGCCACUGACCAACGAGUCAUUAUUAAACUGAAUAUACAUGUUGGGAAUACAUCUUUGGUGGAUACGGUGGAAUGGGAUAUGUCGGAGAAAGAGAACAAUCCAGAGCAGUUUGCUAUGAAGCUGUGCGCAGAACUGGGUUUGGGAGGCGAGUUUGUGACUGGCAUUGCUUACAGUGUGAGAGGCCAGCUGGGUUGGCACCAACGGACGUACGGAUUUAGUGAGGCCUUGCCAACUAUAGAGACUCCGUACCGGCAGCCGUCAGAGGCCGAGAUCUGGGCACCGCACCUGGAAACCCUGACCAACGCCGAGAUGGAGAAGAAGAUCCGGGACCAGGACCGCAACACCAGGCGGAUGAGGCGACUCGCCAACACCACGCCCGAUGUGUCGCUAAGCCGCGCGGUCAAUCGCCUCAUACGGGCUGACGAAGCUUUGUUCCAGAGCACGCCGGAAAAACGGAGGAAAAAAAUUUAAUCACUCACGAUAAUCUACAGUGGAACCUUUUUCCUUAUCCCGUUAGAAUAAGUAUGGCUAGAUUGUAGGGUAAAGUGUGUUGUUGAUGUCGUUUAGGGUAAAGGGACUGGAUUACGCAUUGGAAUAUAUUUAACGACUGUUUUGUGUGUUAUUGAAAUGUUUUGCGACGUGCUCAUGACAUAUGGGAUGGUUGGUUCAUAGUUGCAAUUCAGGGUGUUCAAGAUACUUUACCCUUUAAUUUGUAUUCCUAAUAGUUUUUUUUAGCAUAUUAUUAAGAUCAAUCUAUUGCAUUUGAUAAGCGAAUCUCGACUUAAUUGGUUAGUGUUGGAGAAAUCAAAAUUUGGUGUGAAGAGUAAAAAUUCCAAUUUGUAUUAUUGACUUGAAAGUUUGUAAACAUUUUCAUUCCCAAUGAUAAGUAAAUAUAUGUUUUUUUUUUAUUUAGUUUUUUUGUAAGUAAAGUAGCAAAUGUGAAAAGUAUUCUUCAAUAAAUGUAUGGAUUCACA